UCACGCGCUGCCGUUUUGUUUAUGCGGAGCGAGGGCCGCCGGGGUGCGAAGGUCUGCAAGCACAGCGGGCCGCGAGGGCUAGAUAAAGCCCGGCUGCGACACGGGAGCGACCGCGCUGCCAUGGACACGGCGGAGAGCGCCGAGCGCGCGCACAGCCCAGCGCUCCCACCCCCGCGCAGUCUCUGCCCGCCACCAGCGCAGCCCGGGUCUGAGGGCUUCUGGAGACCUUGGCUUCGAACCCCCGGAGAGGAAGAGGAGCGGGAGCAGCCCCGUGCUGCAGACGCGUUGUCCAGUGGUCCUGGAGUGAGGGAAGCCUCGGGGAAGCUUUCUCAAUACCAACACCCUGUCAGACUGCUCUGGCCCAAGUCCAAGUGUUACGAUUACUUAUAUCAAGAAGCAGAGACUCUCCUGAAAAAUUUCCCAGUUCAAGCUACGAUUUCGUUUUAUGAAGAUUCUGAUAGUGAAAAUGAAAUUGAGGGGCUAGCCUGUGAAAAUUAAGCUAAUUGGUUACUUCUGAUGACAAUUGAGCUGGGUAGGAUUUGAAUUUUGUGUAUAAAUUUGUAUCAUAAACUUUUAAAAGUUAUUUAUUUGUAUAUAAAUUGUUAAUAAAACUAUUUUAUAAUCA